UGUUAUCCGAGGUUUAUCUCCUGUUUAUUUUCGAUCGACCCAGACUGAAAAUCUGCGAGUGAAAUCAUGGCAGCCAGAAAGGUUCCCGUUAUUCCUCUCCCAGGAACCAAUGGUUAUCCGAUGAUAGGGCUUGGAACAUUUACUAUCUUUGAGAGACGAGGAAGUAACGACGAGGUGAAAGAAGCCGUGAAGUGCGCCAUUGACUGUGGGUAUAGGAGUCUGGACUGCGCCCUGGUCUACCAGAACGAGUCGUCCGUAGGUCAAGCCGUGGCCGACAAAAUCAGGGACGGCGUGGUCAAGAGGGAGGAUUUGUUUAUCACAACCAAGCUCUGGGACACUCACCAUAACCCGGCGAAUAUCCGGGAGAACUGUAUGAAGUCUCUGAACAAUCUGAAGUGUGGUUACAUCGACCUCUAUCUCAUACACUGGCCAUUCGGUUUCGAGGAUGGAGACGAGUAUUUUCCGAUGGGAGACGAUGGAAAGGCCAGGUUUUCUGACCAUGAUUAUGUUGAUGUCUGGAAGGGUAUGGAGAAGUUGGUAGAUGAAGGUUUGGUAAAAUCCAUUGGCUUGUCAAACUUCAACGAAAGUCAGAUUGAGCGUGUAAUUAAGAAUUGUCGCAUCAAACCUAGCAACCUACAGAUUGAGGUCCAUCCUUACUUCUCGAACAAAAAACUGGUCGAUUUCUGUACUGCCAACGGAAUCACGGUGACGGCCUACGCGCCGCUUGGGAACCCGAACAGAACAUGGGCUGGAGAUAAAGAUCCCGUCGUAUUUGAUGAACCAAUCCUAAAAGAAAUCGCGGAAAGAAAGAAGAAGUCCAUAGCGCAAGUUUGCCUUAGGUUUCUGCUGCAGCGGAACAUUGUUGUCAUUCCAAAGAGCGUCAAUCCCCAAAGAAUCAAAGAGAAUAUUGACAUUUUAGAUUUUGAGUUAUCUGACGAGGAAAUGAAAGCCAUCUGGUCAUUAGAUAGCGGAAAGCGGUUUUACAUAGAACCAAUUGCAAAAACCCACAAAUAUUAUCCAUUUGACGACGUAAAAUAGAUUGGUGCAGAUGAAUUCAUACACUGUAGAGAAUUCUUUACUUAACAUGUAUUGAAUGAUUAAAAUUAUUUCAAAAUA